CAACGGCAGCCGCAUCGUCGCCAGAUCACCAAGAUGUUGUACGAGACGAUUGGCAUUGUCCGGCCAGGCAGCCUGAGCGAAGUGAAAGAGAUCGUCCUCACCGCCGGCCAGCUCAUCCUCCGCCAGGGCGGCGUUAUCCGUGACAUUUCCAAUUGGGGCAUCUUCCACCUCCCGCGCGCCGUCUCGCGCAGCCAGACGCGCUACACAAAGGGCCACUACUUUGUCAUGCGCUACGACGCCGGCAUCGCCACCCACCAGGACGUGACUAAGACGCUGCGUGUCGACCCGCGCGUUAUUCGAGCCGGCGGCGUUAAGCUCGGCGACGGCAAGCUCGAGACGCUGAGCAAGUUUGGUGCCGUCAAGUGGAAGAAUAUGGAGUAAUCAUAGUAAAAAGAAAAGAAAAACAAAAACGAGAGGGAGGGUCUGAGACUUAUGAUCUGGCUGGGUUGGGUUGGGCUAGGAGGGGUGGGAUAAGCAUAGAGACGCCAUUGCCUGGACGGUUACACAAAGGAACACCUGCAGGGGAUUUACUCGAUAGGCAAGACGCCGAAGGGUCGGGUGGGUGUGCUUUGUAUGGAAAGGAUUGGUGCGCGAAGGUACAACAAACUUCCUAUGUCGGAAAAGGCUGUCAGAUGGAGGAGUCUACUCAAUACCCAGCUCAAGGCAUUGGGUCGAGAGAGAUGCUUUUGUACGAUCCGCGAUGUACCAUGCCAUAGGUUUGCCUUGGCGAGAAGAAGGAAUUCUUGGCCCAUGGUGGAAGAACAAUGGGGACAAAUCAAACCUUAACGUUCUCAUUUUCCUUUGCAACAGGCUGUUUCUCAUCUCUUGACUUAGCAGUCACCAAAGACCCUAGAAACCCGU